AUGGCUCUUAUCCAGGACUGGUUACGAGCUUUCCUGGAUCACAGAUCCGGUAAAUGCCUCAACUCUCUGCCAAACCGUGCCCAUCAGGAGGCGUUUCUCCAUUUCCUGAGAUGGUGCUGUCUUUUGUUUUGGGUAUGUCUCGAUGCAGGUACUCUUGGGAGCCAUGAAAACAAAGAAGACUUCCGAUUCUGUGCGGACAGAAUUCAAAUCGAGAAAGGUUUUGUCCAUUACCGAGUCCAAAAGGACACCAUCACCAUUGUAAACAGCGCGGAGGGACUGACUAUCACUGCACCGUUUCCACCAGAACGUCCGAACGGCACGCUUCUGGAAUCGGGAACGUGGCCCCUGCCCGAACUUUUGGGAAGUUACCGCUUCUGCAUUUACUGGUUCCAGGAUGCCUCUCUCUUCAUGCUCCGCUAUGGGGGCAGCAAAAAUUACAGCCUCAGCACGCAAGCGACUUAUCCCCUCUAUUCUCCCAAUAUCACUGGGAUAUACAAUAGGACAGGGGGCCGGCUGCUUCACAACGUCUCCUAUGCCUUUGAUAAGGGCUUCCAAAACAUCUCCCUUUUUAACGCCUCCACCUACAAAUUCUUCUUCACAGAUUCCGGGAAAGUUAACCCCAAUGAUAUGGAAGAGGAAUUCAGACACACAGCAGAAAUGCUGAAGAAGUUAGAAAGGGGCAUAAAAGAUGCCCCAAAAGGCAGGGCUUUAAAACGUGGAAAUCCUUUUGGGCCUCUCCUGCGUUUGGAGUCCAAGUUGGGACAAAUGGCUUUCCAGGAACCAAACAAGACGUUGCAGGAGGGGGAGCUGUUGCAGGCCAGCGUCUGGACCAUCCCGCCCCGGAGUUCGGAACCGUUUUCCAUCAAGUCUCAGCUGGAGGCUAAAGAGGUCAGUGGCUACGAAGUGAUUCUACCAAAAUUCAUCUUUGAAAAUCCCAGGUCCAAGCACAAGGGGGGCAAGAUGAAAGUGGUGCAUUUGGCUGCCACCAGCCGGAUCCUCUUCCAGGUCCAAAAUUCUAGCCAGAUCCUUGGGGGAAAAGUGAUCGGCGUCUCCGUGGGAAAUACCCUCGUCCAUCACCUGCCCCAGGAGCAGCGUGUGAGAAUCACAUUCUGGCACAGCGCUCUUCCGAGGCAGCUCGCUCCUCAAUGUGUCUUUUGGGAUAAGGACUCCACAGCCAGCCAACACGGCCGCUGGAAUACAUCAGGUUGUGAAGCAGUUCCGGGAGAUACCCAGACCGUCUGCCUGUGUGACCACCUCACCUUCUUCGCCGUCCUGAUGGUGUCCUCCCCCGAAGUGGACCAAAUCCACCAGGAAUACCUCACCCUCCUGACCUACAUCGGCUGCAUCAUUUCAGCAUCGGCUUCGUUCAUCACCAUCUUCUUCUUCCUUUGCUCAAGGAAGAAGCAGAGAGACCACAUUGUCUACGUCCACAUGAAUCUUCUCUGGGCCAUUUUCCUCUUGGACAUGAGCUUCCUCAUCGCUGUCCCCUUGGCCCCCACCGGUGGGGACACCGCCUGCAAAGCGGGCGCCAUGUUCCUCCAUUUCGGCGUCCUGGCCUGCUUGACCUGGAUGGGCAUUGAGGGCUACAGCCUCUAUCAGCUGGUGGUCGAGGUCUUCAGCCCCUACAUCAAGCACUUCCUUCUCAGGCUUUGCCUGAUUGGCUGGGGCCUUCCCCUCUUCAUUGUGUCUCUGAUCUUCGUGAUUGACGGAUCACACUACGGACCCUUCUCCUUGAAAGUCUACGACUCUUCUGGAGGAAUGACCGACACAACCAUCUGCUGGAUCACAAGAACGGAGAUCAACAACUUCCUGAACCUGGGCUUUUUAAGCCUGGUGCUCUUCUUCAACAGCCUCAUGCUGGCGGUCAUGGUGCGAGAGAUACUCAGGCUGAAGCACCGGGAGCACCACUGGGAAUACGCGGUGAUGCUCCUGGGCUUAAGCUGUGUCCUGGGCAUCCCUUGGGGGCUGGCCUUCUUCUCCUUCGCCGCUGGAACCUUCAAGCUGGUGGCCGUCUACCUCUUCACCAUCCUCAAUUCUUUUCAAGGCUUCCUUAUCUUCCUUUGGUACCUGGCAAAAGUUCUCCAGUCCCGCAGAUCUUCCUCCAUGCAGUGUUCAACUUCCAACAGUAUCAAGCUGCAGUCCAACAGUACCAGCAUAUGAUCCAGCGGAGGCGGCUUCGAUCGCGAGCGGCUCGGCUGUGCCGGCUUUUUUGGGAAUCCCGCAGAAAAUCUCUCCUGUAUAUAUGUAUUAUUUGAUAGAACUGGGUUGUAGACAUUUUCACUUUGCAAAAUAUUAAUUUUUUAAGUGCAA